CCACAAGACACUGCUACCAACUCACUCCUCCAGCUCCCUAGCCUCAAGCUCACACGGUCACACCAACCAGCAGGGCUCUGCCACUGCCAGAGCCAAGCAACUCAAGAACAGUAGAACACCACGAUGAAGAAGCUUCGCACCACCACCGCCACCACCACUCUCGCUCUCAUUCUCCUCCUCGUCCUCAUAGCAGCCACGUCCCUCCGUGUCGCCAUGGCUGGAUCAGCGUUCUGCGACAGCAAGUGCGGGGUGAGGUGCUCCAAGACGGGCCGGCACGACGACUGCCUCAAGUACUGCGGGAUAUGCUGCGCCGAGUGCAACUGCGUGCCGUCGGGGACAGCCGGCAACAAGGACGAGUGCCCCUGCUACCGCGACAAGACCACCGGCCACGGCGCGCGCACGAGGCCCAAGUGCCCAUGAUCCGCCACCGCCCAUGGCGCCUGCAUAGCAUGUACCUGAACUUCAUGCAUCUUUAUCAUGUCGUACUAUGUCGCGGGUCACUACUAUUAUAUUAUACUAUAUGCGUGUAAAUCAUGAUCUGAAGCGUCCGGUGCAUGAUCCGACUGUAUGUUGAUAAUGCGUAAUGCUGGCCUACUGGUAUGCCGGUAAAAAUGUCGUUGUUCUGUAAUAAUAAACUACAUGCAUUAUUAGAGUCUGUCAAGUAA